AUGAAGAUCUCCGCCUUCAUCGCCUCCGCCAUCCUGUCGGUCACUGUUUACAGUGCCGCCUUGCCAGUUCCUGCCCCCGUCGCUGCACCCGCUGCUGAGGGAACGAGAAAGCCCGUUUGGGGACGCAACGCUGAAGCAGCACCCGCUGAAGCAACGCAUAAGCCCGUCUGGGGACGCAACGCUGAAGCAGCACCCGCUCCUAGCCCACAGAAGCAUAAGCCCGUCUGGGGACGCGACGCUGAAGCAGCACCCGCUCCUGGCCCACCGAAGUGGGUGUAUCCCGGAACGAAGCCCGUUUGGGGACGCAACGCUGAAGCUGCUCCCGCUCCUGGCCCACCGAAGUGGGUGUAUCCCGGAACGAAGCCCGUUUGGGGACGCAACGCUGAAGCUGCUCCCGCUCCUAACCCACAGAAGCAUAAGCCCGUCUGGGGACGCGCUCCUGAAGCUGGGAAGUGGGUGAAGCCCGGAACGAAGCCCGUUUGGGGACGCAACGCUGAAGCAGCACCCGCUCCUAACCCACAGAAGCAUAAGCCCGUUUGGGGACGCGAUGCUGAAGCUGCUCCCGCUCCUGACGCAGGGAGAAAGCCAGUUUGGGGGCGCGACGCUGAAGCUGCUCCCGCUCCUGACGCAGGGAGAAGGCCAGUUUGGGGGCGCAACGCUGAAGCUGCUCCCGCUCCUAACCCACAGGGUGGGCCCCUUUGGGACACCAAAGUUGGCGCGGCCGAAGACGAUGAGGAGUAA